CUAGAUAUAAUUGAUAUAAGUGCAUGCAUGAUGUACAUAUAUAUACAUACAUCACACACGCAUAUAUACAUAUGCUCUCGACUGCGCUCAUAGCGGCAGACGGAGAAAAGUAUCGCGGCUAACCGGCGAGGAUGUGAUUGAGUGACGCGACGCGAGCGCGAGAUUUUAUUUAGAUCCGAAUGUUUUUUUGUUAUCGGAGCGAUCCACAAUGAAUCUCACCGCGGGAAACCCGCACGGUAACGGCUUGCUCUACGCCGGCUUCAAUCAAGAUCAAGAUAUCAUAAAUACUGAUUAAUAUAGCUAAGAAAAGGGAUGUAUACAAACAGAUAAAGAUAUCAGUCUCGUUCACGCACUUGUAGGAUGCUUUGCUUGUGGUAUGGAGAAUGGAUUCAGAGUAUACAAUUGUGAUCCAUUGAAGGAGAAAGAGAGACAUGAUUUUAGUGACGGAGGUCUCGGAUAUGUAGAAAUGCUUUUCAGAUGUAAUUAUUUAGCAUUAGUUGGUGGUGGAGCAAAACCAAUGUAUCCAACAAAUAAAGUUAUGAUAUGGGAUGAUAUAAAAAAAUUACCAGCAAUUACUUUAGAAUUUAAUGCAUCUGUAAAAGGAGUAAAAUUACGGAGAGACAGGAUAGUAGUAAUAUUAGAAGGUGUCAUAAAAGUUUACACAUUUACGCAAAAUCCCCAACAAUUGCACGUGUUUGAAACAAAUCCUAAUCCACGAGGAUUGUGUGUUUUAUGUCCAAAUAGUAAUAACUCCUUGCUUGCCUUUCCUGGAAGAAAAAAUGGCCAUGUUCAAGUUAUAGAUCUAGCUAAUACAGAAAAACAACCUUUAAAUAUAGAAGCACAUGAAACGCCUUUGUCUUGCAUAGCUUUAAACCUACAAGGCACUAGAUUGGCUACUGCUUCUGAAAAGGGCACUUUGAUAAGAGUAUUUGAUACCCAAAAUGGUAAUAUGAUUAAUGAAUUAAGAAGAGGAGCAAAUCAUGCAAAUAUCUAUUGCAUAAAUUUCAAUCAUGAUUCUACAUGGCUCUGUGUUGCCAGUGAUCAUGGAACCGUACACGUAUUUGCCGUCGAAGAUCAAAAAUUGAAUCGCCAAUCUAGUUUAGCAUCUGCUACGUUUUUGCCAAAGUACUUUAGCUCAAGUUGGAGUUUCUGCAAAUUUCAAGUGCCGAGCGGUCCCCAAUGCAUGUGCGCGUUUGGUCAAGAUAACAAUAGCAUUAUAGUGAUAUGCGCGGAUGGUAGUUAUUACAAGUUUGUAUUCAACAACAAAGGUGAAUGCACGAGAGACUUUUAUGCACAGUUUCUCGAAUUGACCGACGACAAAGCGUGAUUGGAGGACGAUAAUGGCGGUGAAUUCCCAAUCGUACGACGAGUGAUGAUUAUCGUCGUGUUCCUUCGUUAUUUUUAUUUAUAUCAGCUAAUAAAAAUGGGCGAGUAUGACGGAGGUACAUUGCACUCAUUGAGAUUGCAAUAUGUGGGCUGUUCAUAGAAAAAGUAACAUCCAUAUAGGAUGUUAUGAUAGAGAGGACCAAAUAAAGAGUUCUAAUUAAUUGUUGGUGAUACCAAUCGUUGAUAUAUUACGCGAUUUUUUGAAAAAGAAAAAGAGAAAAAAACGAAAGAUUAUCGAUGCGAACAUCGCAAAACAUGUUAAUGGAGAUUAUGUCACAAAUCUGUUACACGAGCCUAUUCAAUCUGACGCCUAUUAAUAGAAGAGCAAAUUUUUAAAUAUAAAAAGAAAAAACAGAAGGAAUAUACCCCAGGUAUAACACAAGGGACACCGCAAGUUACUUGUUGACGUGAUACUCACAUUUUUUCUUACAGUUUAGAUAAGAAUGCUGCUGCAACUAUAACUAAAGUGAAUGUUGGUCAUAAAUAUCAUCAUGGCAAAAAGAAAAUAAUCAUUUUCUGUAGCUAUGCGGUAAAAGCUUUGCAUUGCAAUCGUAUAUCCUUAUCGAUUUUGUGUUUCUGUAGCAAAUUUUUUCGUUAUAUAUAAACAUGUUAUAUAAAAAUGAUAUAUAAAUCUCUACUCCCUUUAA